AGUAUUCAAAAUGCAUGCUUACAUUCUCAGUUCUUAUCACCCAAACCAUCUGUGGCUUCAAUGCGACCGCAACAUGAACAAUGCUUUGUAAUUGUGUUGCUGAUACAACAAUAUAUUUUUUUAAAAAGUAGGGUUAGCUCAGUGACUCCACCCACCCUUAAAGGGUAUUUAUAUCAUGUUUAGCCAGUGAAAGCUCACUGAUCGUCUUCUUCAUCAUGACCAUCAUCAUCAUCUCUCUGCUCCUGCUGGCCUCUCUGCUGCCACACCUGACCUUCACUGAUCAUGUGAAUGUGGGUAUAGUGAAUGGGAGAAAAACCACACCCCAUUCCAGGCCUUACAUGGUUUCUGUUCAGAAGUGUAAUAAACAUCACUGUGGUGGGUUUCUCAUUUCUGAAAAGUAUGUCUUGACUGCUGCACAUUGCUGGCCUGGAUUUGAGUUUCUGACGGUUGUGGUUGGUGCUGAUGACUUGAGGAAGAGCAAGAAAUCAGAUCAUAUCAGAGUGAAGUCCUCCAUCCCACAUCCAAAAUAUAAUCCCUGUACUAGUGAGAAUGACAUAAUGCUUUUGAAGCUCGAGAAAAAAGUCAAAAUCAAAGAAGAUGAACUGAUAUCAAUCCCAAAGAAAGAAGCAGAAAUCAAAGCAGGGACUCUCUGUACUGUUGCCGGCUGGGGAAGCGUGAAGCCUGAUGGCAAAGGGACAAGCAAUGAUCUAAUGGAGGCAAACACGACUGUAUUAAGUCAGGCAGAGUGUAAGAAAAAAUGGAAAGAUGAAUUCUCUGAACAACAGAUGAUCUGUGUAUAUGGCCCUGGUGGAACCUGCAGCGGGGAUUCAGGAGGUCCUUUGAUUUGUGAAGGAACUGCUGUUGGUGUCACAUCUUUUGGUUUAAAUGGUCACUGCAAUUCACCUGACGGUCCUAAUGUGUAUACUAAGAUUUCAGCAUAUAUCAAAUGGAUCAACAAAGUAAUUCGAAAUGUUAAAUGACUUCCUGGAAACUAAAAAGGAAGAAAUGUUUUUCUUGAAUUCUUCCAUAAUCCUUCUUUCAAUAAACGUAUCACAUGGCAAGCAUCAA